AUGGAACAGUUCAAUCUUCCAGUCACACAAAUUGGUAGGGCCGUACGAGUGUCAAGCCAAGCAAAGAUUCAAAGUACGCGGAAGCAACUUGAGGAAGUGAUAGAAAUUGUUCGAUCGGAUAUUGGCCGUAUCAUCGAGCGCGAAGGGCGUCUGCAGGAUCUUAACGCACGCGCCGACGAGAUGCAAGCUCGUGCGGAGCAGUUCUCGCGUAAAGCACUGCAGGUCCGCCGAAAUGAGUGGUGGCGUAGCGUCCGAAUGAUGAUGUCGGUUGCUGCUGUUUUCACUCUCGUCGUCACCGGCAUCAUUGGUACGUUUCCUAACGUAAUUGAAAUGAAGGAUAUGCGUAUGUAA